CUUUAGACCUCUCCACACUCCAUUCGCCUCAACAUUCGUCUUCCGAGCCACUGCCCGAUUCGUCCUUGGUGAAACCUACCAGUUACGGACUUUCACCGACAGCUUCCCUGAACGCACUGCCCUCGUCAAUAGACUCUACUACUGGUAGCCAUCAAGUUGAGGAAUUCGACUUCAGUCUGUCAUCUCAACCUCAACCUCAAUCCCUCCACCCACAGGACCCUACCGUUCAAUUGCAAGAUAUGAGGUAAAGCGGACCGCAACAGGACUCUAAGACCGUAACUGACUCUGACAAGCACGUUGGACUUCAUGAUGCCUUCGCACUUUGGGGGACACUAUCCCCUCCCGCCGCUUCAUGGAAACAGCUAUCCGGAUAUGAACACACCACCUUACCAGCAGUCUCGAACCUCAGAGCCUCCCACCUCGGCGCCUGAUCCUUACGUUCCUUCGUACUCGACUAACUCAACUGUCCAUGACGACCAACUGGCACAGGACUCGUACGCCGAGUCACGUACAUCGCAGCCGCCGACAUCAGAGCCAUAUGUUCCAUCGACCUCGGAUGCUUUUGUCACUUCGUAUGCCUCUGGCCCCGCCGUCCAGGAUGACCCAAGGAGAUCUGGGGAGCUUCUCCCAAGCUUUCGUCCUGCAGCAGAUACCCGCAGCCCUUACCAACAGUCUUUAGAUCCGAUUCGUGUCAGCGCAAUUCCCAAUCAGCUGUCGCCUCUCCAUCCUGUUUCAGUCUCACAUAGUUACACUUAUCCUCCCAUGAACGCAAUACCAACAUCGAACGUGAACGCGACACACUACUCGACGACUUCCAUCUACCCCCCGGCCUACCACGUUCAUCCUGGGUACUCGUCCUCGCCACCCUACAAUUCGUCGCUCGCUCCUCCAGUUGCUGGAUCAACGCUACCGGCUUCCCCUUCUGCCCAGGGUACUGGCAAUGCUGUGCGUGUUCUGAGUCCGCAACGGCAAAAGCCCCAGUGCUGGGACCACGGGUGCAACGGACGUGCAUUUUCGACCUUCAGUAACCUGCUACGGCACCAGCGAGAGAAAUCUGGCACGGCUGCCAAGGCUUAUUGUCCACGAUGCGGGGCGGAAUUCACGCGGACGACUGCCAGGAACGGCCAUAUGGCCCAUGAAAAGUGCAAACCACGACGGACUUCAGAUUCGAGCUCCAACAAGUAAGCUGCGGACCGGAGCAUACAUGGCUCGGGCCCGCUAGCAGGCUCACGCAGUCACGAUCUGGGCACAUGGGCAUUUACGUAUCUCUA